AUUUGUCCACUUCAUUUUUCCCCUUUUCAUCAUUAUUCUCUCUUCUCGAAUCACUUCCAUAGUUCAGUCUAAAAUGGUGAGGACGACCAAAUCCAAGAGCUCGGAGCGUGUAGGCAAGGGUAAAGUGACUCCUAUGCAAGUCGCCUUCCUCGUGGAUCGAUACCUCUGCGACAACCGCUUCUUAGAAACCCGAUCCGUCUUCAGAUCCGAAGCUUCUUCUCUCAUCUCCAAAUCUCCUCUUCGCGAAGUUCCGUGCAGUUUGAUACCACUGGAUGAUAUUUUAAACGAAUACAUAAGCCUCAAGGAGCAAAAGGUCAUUGUAGAUCAAGAGAAAGCUAGCCUCGAUCAAGAGAAGACUCGCGUUCAGAAUCUGUUACAAGGGAUGCAAGAUGUCAUGAACGUUUACAACUCCACCGCAGCAUCAGCUCCUCCUCCUCCUCCUCAGGCGAUUACUGCAGCAGCUCAGACGGCUAUUCAAGUGGCUGCCUCUCCUUCUCAACCGAGCAAUAGCAUCGUCGUCUCUCCCUUAGGCGGCGCAGUGCAUAUCACACCUAAUCUUAUGUCAGCAUCAUUGCCAGGAAACAAGAGAGUUGGAAACUUCACAGCACCUUCCAGCCUGAGUCUUUCUGUAACCAGAAAGCGAAAGAGUCCUGAGGUUUCUCUAGGAGAUGCUCCUUCUGCUCCUAACAAAGGGAUGAAAAAGGUUCCACGAGCUUCUGCCAAGGCCACUAACUACUUGACGUUCCAACCGUCACCUAACACUCAAACGCCAGUGAAUAAUAACAGUGUAGCUAAUGACUCGUCUGAUCUUACAUCAACUGUGGCAAAGCGUUUGUGUUACGGACCAUCAGACAUGUCACCUCCAACCAAUUCAACUGGUCCGAAGACACCACAAAAGCAGUUAUCUCCUCAGCAAGAAGUCACUCCUCCUACAAACUGCACAAUCCUCACCAAGGAGAGAAUCACAGUCAGUCCUCACAAGCAGAUCGGUUCCUACACGGUGGAAAGGAGCCGUAUUGUUUCUUCUUUUUCGCCGGUUAAGUCGAGUAAGAGAGAUCAUGUGAAAGGAAGGCUCAACUUCGAUGACGACGAUGAAGAAGCCACAAUGCACUCAGACGCACCUGCUUCUGGAGAUUUGGUUUCGUCUUCUUAUUCAUCAGGCUCUGGCUCUGAAGAAGCAGAAGUUGAUUUGUUUGAUAUUGAUUUUCUGAACGAAAACUUUCCAUUCUCGGAGGUACUAGGCGAUUUUGAUAUUGGUACAGACUCUUGCCUGCCACAACCCUCAGACUUUCACAUGGAGACUGCUUCAGGGUCAUCUCCUGGAUCAGUGAAUGAGAAUCUAGUGCCUGACCAGGUCGUGUCUGAGUAUACUUCAACAGUAACAGAAAUGAUUCAAGAAAAAGACAUGAACACACAAGGAUCAGACUCCAUGACUACUGUAAAGUCCAUAACAAAAUGCCUACGAAUCUUAAGUCCUGCCAAGAGUGGCAGACCAAGAAGUCAAAACUGAUGGAUUCUGAGAAGCUUCAACAUUAACUUAAAAUGAUGCAAUCUUUCAUUACUUUGGUUGGCUCCUAACUAGGUCUAAAUUUAAAUAGAAUAUAAUUUCUAGAUACUAUCUGUAUUAGUCCAACUAUAUCUUCAGAUUCUCACCGUUUUCAAUGGCUUUCAAUGUAAAGCAGAACCCUUUGAUGAUGUAUUAUGUCAUAUAUUAACUAAGUGUACGCU